AUGUCCUCCUCCCCACAGUCCCAAGGGGGUAAUCCCUCGCAGACUCCCGGUUCAAUAUCUACGAAUGACAAUAAUACAAAUGCCGACGUCGAGCUGAAGAGCAUUCAGUCCGAAAAGGUCAAGCCGAAGUCCAAACCCAAGGGUUCAAUUCCACUAGGAGAGGAUAUUAUGCAGCUGGCGCGGAUUGGAGAGAUUGGCGCAAUGAAGAAUCUGCUUGCGACAAAGAAUCUUUCCGCUAAUCACCAGGACGAAGAAGGAAUCACUCCACUACAUUGGGCCGCAAUUAAUAACCAAUAUGCGAUGUGCAAGUUCCUCCUCGACAACGGCGCCGACGUAAAUGCAAAGGGUGGAGAGUCGGUGGCCACCCCGGCCAUGUGGGCGGCGCAACGAUGUAACUACUAUAUAGUCAACCUGCUGCUUUCCCACGGCGCCGAUCCACUUCUGACCGAUGUGCAAGGAUACAAUAUUCUCCAUCUGGCAACCAUUGACGGCAACGCGUUCCUCGUCGUCCUCCUCCUUCACCAAGAGAUCCCGGUGGAUGUGGUCGAUCAGCAGGGUCAUACUGGGUUGAUGUGGGCUGCGUACAAGGGAUAUCCAGCAUGUGUCGAUCUAUUCCUGCGAUGGGGUGCCAAUGCCAAUUCUGUGGACGAAGGAGGCCUCACACCCCUCCACUGGGCAUUGGUCAAGGGUUCGUUGCCUUGUGUUCUCAAGCUGCUAGAAUACGGCGCAGAUCGAUUUGCGAAGACCAGAGAUGGCAAGUCACCUAUGACAGUGGCCCAGGAAAUGAACACGAUACGAGUCUGGAACCGUGCUCUUGCUGAGCAAGGUUAUGAGGCUGAUGGCAGUCAGAAACUCGCGCCCCUUGGUCUGACGAAUUAUAUUCGGAACAAGAGCAUCAUGUCCAAGUUCUUCUUCCUCUGGCCAUUCUUGACCAUCUUCAUCGCACUCUGGAUCUUGAGCAAUGUGGUGGUCUUCAUUAGUGUCCCCGCUACAGCACUGAUUGUGUUUGGCAUGCAGUGGAUUGCGCAGCAGCUGGCGAACCGCGGGCCUUCUGAGUAUCGGAUUCUACAAAAAACCCCAUAUCUUGCUGGUGUUUUUGCAGGAACCCUGUUUUGGACUGGUUUCCGUUAUUUCUUCCAAAUUUUGCCAGCCACCUAUUCCUCUACUCCGAUAUUGAACAUAUUGUUUACUGUCUUCUUUUGCCUGACCACCUUCUUCUAUACCAUGGCCAUGCUGGAAGACCCAGGAUAUGUUCCCAAGAUUUCUAGCCGCAACCAACAACGAGAAGUGGUUAAGCAGCUGUUCGAGUUGUGGAAGUUUGACGAAGAGAAUUUCUGUAUCCCAUGUAUGUCGAGAAAGCCUCUUCGCAGCAGACACUGUCGGCGCUGUGGUCGCUGUGUUGCCAAGCAUGAUCACCACUGUCCGUGGAUCGACAACUGUGUCGGAGCAAACAACCUGCGCCAUUUUGUUCUUUACAUCGUCUGCCUCGAGGUUGGAAUCAUCUUUUUUGUGCAGUUGUCCAUUGGCUAUAUCAACUCUCUUCCUUCUCCGGUCGGUGCCAAGUGCAACGUCAUCAAUGACACCCUGUGUGAAUAUGUCUCUCGCGACAUCUUUACCUUGGUUCUUGAUGUCUGGGUUGUUCUUCAGCUGGUCUGGGUCACCAUGCUAUGCGCUGUCCAGCUCCUCCAGGUAUCUCGCAACCAGACCACAUAUGAGAACAUGAGAGGCCACUCGAUCGACCGAUCCUUCCCCAGCACCCAAGCCUUCGCCUCAGCCAUGACAGCCGGUGCCACCUCACUAGAUGGCGCUGGUCUCUCAGCCACAGGACAGGGCCCCAACCCAGCUCUGUCACGUCCUCCUCCCCGAAGACACCGUGGAUUCUGUGCUCAGUGGUCUUCCCUACUAGGCUUUGACACAUUCUUCGCUACAGCCAAGGACGGACUACGCGAUGGGCCCAACGCCGGGCCCCGCAACCCCUUCUCUCGUGGCGUGGUGACAAACUGCCGUGAUUUCUGGUGUGAUUCCGCUCCGAUCUUCGGCAAGCGUCAGCCCGGCAGUGCCAUGCUUAGCGGGGAGCUAGUGAACUAUAACGAAAUGUACGAAACCCCGAUGCGCAUGCACACUGGCAGGACCGGCGAUGGCUACCGCAGCGUUGCCGAUGAAGAUCCCGAACGGCUGGCCUAA